GAGCCUGCACAUCCCAGCUCAGCAGCAAACAAUCGGUGUACUCGCAUCCAGAGAAUUUAAUCAUUUACAACAAAUUUGUGAGGAAAACAUGUAAAUUCUCAUCUUCUGCUGCAGUAUCAAGGUGCAUCGCGCACACACACGCGCGCGCGCGUUCACACUGAAGAAGAAGGAUGGAUGCGGGAUGGUCCGGUUCGUGUGACGCUCACACGACGGUGGCUGAUUCCACACACGUCGUCGCCAUGCGCAUGGAAUGACUGCAAGGUCUCGAGAUGGCGUUAAAAGGACCUGUUCAAGACAAGACCCAACCCGUUGCAUCGUUGCUUUUGUUCAGCGCGACGGCCGAGACGCAGUCGCGAGGAGCUGAGGACUCAAUGUAGGAACGUGUGCUUCGCUUGGAUUUCGGCUGCAAGUUAAAUCCAUCAGGACAGAGUAAUGUCAUCGGCACCUGUACACAGGAUCCUGCGACCACUUUUCCUGGGCACCUUCAUCUUAGGGUGCUUCGUGACUCUCUUUUUGAUGUAUUUUAAGCCGUCCACCGGCUGGCUGUCGGGUCCCGUGGAGUCCAACACAUCCAGCGAGCGCCUCAAGGGCGUCUUUUACGCCAAGAGCGACCGGAACGUGACCACGGUGCUCAUUUGGCUUUGGCCUUUUGGACAGACGUACGACUUAAACGUGUGCGCCUCUCUGUUCAACAUCGACUGCUUCGUCACGGCCGACCGAAACCUCUAUAACAAGUCGGAUGGCGUCCUCAUCCACCACCGUGACAUCUUCUCCGACUUGUCCAACCUGCCGCCGCUUCAGCGUCCGUCCUUUCAGAAGUGGAUCUGGAUGAACUUGGAGUCACCGUCACACUCGUCCCAGCUGGCCGGCAUCGAGAACCUCUUCAACCUGACGCUCAACUACCGCCGCGACGCCGACAUCGAAGUGCCUUACGGCUCUGUGGUGGCCGCAGAGAGCGAGGAUGACUUCGUCCCGCCCAGCAAGAACAAGCUGAUCUGCUGGAUCGUAAGCAACUGGAACCAGGAGCACGUGCGCGUCAAAUACUACAAUGAGCUCUAUAAGCACAUUGAGGUGCACGCGUACGGUCAGGCCUUCGGCGAGUACAUCGCAGAUCAGGACUACUUCCCCACCAUCGCCAGCUGCAAGUUCUACCUGGCGUUCGAGAACUCCAUUCACAAAGACUACAUCACUGAGAAAUUCUAUAACCCGUUGGGUGUUGGCACCGUACCCGUGGUGCUAGGCCCUUCACGGCAGAACUACGAGAACUUUGUCCAGGGGGACGCAUUCAUACACGUGGAUGACUUUGCGUCGCCCAAGGAGCUUGCCGACUACUUGCUGCUCCUGGACAAGAACGAAGAGAUGUACCUCAGAUACUUUGAGUGGAGGCGGCACUUUAAGGUGAAAAAGGCACAGUUCUGGGCUGAGCACACUUGCCUGGCCUGUGACUACAUACACAGGCACAGGGAAUACAAAACGGUCAAGAACUUGGACAAGUGGUUUUGGGGCUGAGUUGUGUCACCGAUCAAGGUUUUGUGACAUUUAAUCAUUGGCCUGCACAUUUUGUUUUUGUAUUGAUUCAGUGACCUAUUUUAUUUAAUGUGAACCAAUUUUUGAUAAGACUAUUUGCGUUUCCCUUGUCCCCGCAAAGUGACGCUUACGACUGCAUUUGGAAAUGGUUCUUGUGUGCAAGCCUCACAAUUUUUGGACCCGAUGCAACUCUCCUUCCUGUGAAAUGAUACCUAUUAACGUAUUGGCAGCCAUUGACACCAAAAGACCUUCAAUCCAUUUCAGCCAGGGGAGAGCUGGUAGUAAACGCACACUGCCAACCUUCCGAGCCAAUGGCAGUAAAUUAGUUAAUACGUUCACAGGUGUUUCUUAUCAAUCUUCGCACCCUAUGAACCUGAUCUUGAAUGAGACUUUUCAGGCUGUACUAGAGUGAGUUGUGGGUGGACAUCUCAAACAGGUAUACAGUGGUCCCUCGCCAUAAAACUGUCCACUUUUCGCGGUCUCACUGUACAGUGUAUCACAAAAGUGAGUACACCCUCCGCAUAUCUGCAGAUUUAAGUAUAUCUUUUCAUGGGGCAACACUGACAAAAUGACACUUUGACACAAUGAAAAGUAGAGGCGUGAGAAAUUUCCGAUUCUGAGAUUAUUCGAGAUUCGGCCGUGGAAGAUUCGAGAACAAUUCACAAAAACCCAAAUUCCAGGUAAACCAGACCUAAAACACAGCGCAGUCUUUGCAGACCAGGCUGCAGAAAGAAAUUACAGGGGGGCAUUACAUUUUUUUGGGGGGGGGGGGCAAACUUCUUCAACAUAAAUUUAGCCUGAACAGUGGUGUUUUUACCUGUUACAUUUUCUGAUGAUGGUGUCAGUCAGUGAAACUGCAGGAGUUGGCAGCGCUAUCCCUUCAUGUUGGCUUUCGGCCGCGUCUUUGUCAUGGCUUGAGUUCGUCUUUAGUUGCUUGAAAAAAACUCGGAUGUCCAUUCCAAUUUGAAUUAGCAACGGAGGAGCCGCUCAAUCGCUAUUUCUGUAACCGCAGCAAUCCCUAUCCAAUCGCAGUACCCAACCGCUGGCUGCUCCCCCCCCCUUAUCUGUGAUUGGCUAGAAAUUGCCUUCAUUCGCUGCUCAGAUUGGUUGAAUUGAAGACAGCUCAAGAUAGGAUUAAUAGAGCCUUGUUUUUCAACCUUUUCUGAGUCACGGGACGUUUUGACAUUGGAAAAAAUCUCACGGCACACCACACCAACAGGUUCCAAAAUUACUUUCUGUACAGUAUAUUUAAUUAUAAAAAUAAUUUCUCAGUAUUUAUACUUACUCAGUGUGAAACAUGAGCCUGUUAAGAUGAACACAAAGCCAACAAACUGGUGGAAUCUUCAACAGUUCUCGGUCCCUCUCUGUUUUUAUUUUUAAUUUUUUUUAGCAGUUAGGCUUGAAAAACUCAGAAUUAUCAGACGGGGACUUGAGCAAUGUCUUUAAGCACAUCAGGGCUGGUCAUCUCGCUGACAAUGGCUUUGCAGGCAGGUAGUAUUAACGUCUCUGCCACAGUUUGGGACUUUUUGGAUUUAGCAACAAAGUAACUGGCUUUCAGGGCUUUCUUAUUUACCUUUAUAGUUUUUCUCAAAAAAGUUGCCCAUUUCUCUGUUUUCACGAAGGUGAACAAAAUAGUCUAUCCACUUGUUCUGAAGCGACGGGCGUUCAUUCGGAUGAGUCGUUGAUGGCUUUCUCCACUUUAUUGUGGCAACAAUAAGAAAACCAAAUAAUAGCGGACUGUCGCCACAUUCGACCGCAAAGUUUUGCUUCUCGCUGAUCUCCUCCUCGCCUCCUACUACAGCGUCUCUUAAACGGAUCGUGCAUAGUGUCUUGUUAUGAGCUUUUUGUUUACAAAUGUAUCGAACACACGACGUGCUGACAACUUUGUUUCUUUAUCAACACAUGGAGCUAACAGUACGAACACAGCUUGGGGCUCUCGGCAGGAAGUGGCGUCUAAUGGCGUGAGGAAAUGUUUUUUUUUUCACACAAGCAAACAGAUUACAAAGCACCACUUCAAUGUUGUCCCGAGACUACAUUUCCCAUGAUUCACUGCGUGACCUGCGUGCUCGCUGAUUCGCUGCCAGACAUCAAAACCAACACGCUUGUUGUUACCUGUCAGCGGCUCUCGUACGUAAAACACAAACUAGAAGGCUAUCAAGCGAUCACUGUGAAAGAAACGCCGAACCGUACAAAUGCAAUGCAAUGCUCGAAGCAUGAAGGUGGAAAUACAUAAUACAAAUACAAAUAAAUGUGCACAAACUCACCGGCGGUGUGUGUCUCUUACGGCAAAGUGACUGUGAAUUACCGUGACGCCGACCCGCUUAUAUGCACAUCCACACCCCUUUCCCGAUUGACAGUGGAUUAACCCUUUCGGACAAGAUCGUAGAUGACGCACAAUUUAAACACGCUUAACCUAGCGAACGCAACAACAACGAUGAUCGGGGAUUGCCUUGAGUUAACUUUCGGCUAACGUCGCUAGCUUAUACUGUUCAUUCCACAACAGUCGGCAGCUCUGCUUUGACAAAGUCAUCAGUCAUCUAUCCAAAAAUCACACUUACUUUUUGGCAAAUCCUUGAUCAUAAGCAGACCUGUUAAGGAAGCAGGCAUCUUCGAAGUGUUUGCAGCAGAGAACACUACUCGAUGAUGGCGUGAAAUUCAUUCGCUUCGUGCGAACAAAAGAUGUCCAUUUACGUGCCCUGCUAUCCUUUGGCCACUCAUACAACUUUUCGUUUGAGUGACAACAAAACAUCGCCACACACCGCCGUGGCAUCUUACCGAGAAGCAAUGCAACAAACAAUACUGUUCUAUGGCGGACUUCCCUCGCACUUCCCGGUGUGACGUAAUUUCCGAUGAUAUCCGAAGAUUGCCGAAGAAAAGCAUUUUCGUUGUCAAGGGCGUUGCUAUGGGUUAAACAAAGAAUCUGGAAGAGAUGCGUUAAAAAAAAUAAUGAAAAUAUGCUUAUACUUGUUUAGCCAUUGAUAUUAUUCAAAAACAUGGUUGGCCAACCUUAGUUCAUAUUUCCGCUUUCAAGCUACCACAAGAAAACACAAUGCUUAAAAGUAUGAGAGGGAAACACAUGCAAAAAGUAUUUUGAGGAAAUGAAAAAGUAAUAAAAGACAAUAAAAACACAAAUAGUAAGUACUCGUGCGCAUGUGUUGGCCGUCUCGCCAUGUAGAAGGAAUUGCAGAACACCGGUAGUGUUCGUCUAGUGACAGUGACAAACUAUGUCAUCACCCCGAGCGUCCAUUGCGCGCAUAAAACAUGGCGCCUUCCGAAGGUCAAACCGUGUACUAAAUAUUAUAGAUUUUUGAAUCAAUGGCAAUAUUUUAUGUGUUUCUAAUAACAUAUUUUAUUAAAAGAGAACAAAUGGGGCUUGUUAGAGCCUACAAAUCUUUAAGUCCGAGGUUCCCUUUAAUAAAUAAUAACAAGAAAAACAUAUUGGGAUAUGUUGAACUACUACAUUCCUAAAUGUCCUUCAUUCCUUUUUAUUCUUGUUUCAUGUGUUGUGCAAAUGAAAUCUCGCGGGUUAUUCUUGCAACGUUAUCCUCGCAAUACAUGAGGGAUCACUGUAUUUUGAACAGUAUUAAUAAGCUUACCAAAAAUGAUGAGUUUUUGGCUGUGUCAAGGUCCCCCAAAAUGCCAUUUGCUUGCUACGUGGAAAAAGAACGAUAUCUGUAAGUUUG